AGCCCGUCAUUUUCUGCUAGCGUGAGCCCGAUACCAACAUGGUCCUCUCUUCUUACACCCCCCCACGCAAACUUGCUCGGAUUUUCCAACUUCAACUGCUUCCGCGAUUUGUUUGCGAUCCCGAACCUCUAUGCGCUCGCAAAGACGGCCGUGGAAUAUAUGUGAUCCACAAGGAGGUAAUUUCGGGGGCUGAAGAAAAUCGCGUACGGCGCCCGAGUACUUCUUCCGCCAUCACAAGAAGCAACGAGGCUCGCUACCCAGCAAGCUUUGCCGCGCGUUAGCGUACCGCCUCCAGGCUUUCGAUUGCGCAUCGACGAGGGAGGGGUCUAGUAUAAUCCCCAAUAUGGGAAAGCCUUGGAGUUUCUCGAGCUGGAUUCGACUGGCCGGUUGGGCGCUCCUGGCUCGCACAUCGGUCGCUGCUCACGACAACAGACACCAAGCACGCCAGCUAGAAAAGGACUACCAGCUGUUCCGUCAUCCAAAGCGCGAGGCCUCGUGUCAGCAGGAGAAUUGGACGUUGUGUCCCGUGUCUGCAGAGGGUGGAUGCUGUCCUCAAGGAUAUGCUUGCGCCGCUUCGUUUUGUUACACCACGACGGCAGGACCAACAACCGCCUGUGGCCAAGAAGGAUAUUACAACUGCCCACUGUCUGCUGGCGCUGGAACUUGCUGUCCGGUAGGGUGGACCUGUCUCCCGGACCGUUGCCAGCCGCCUCUUGGAGUAGAAUACCCGGCGAAUUGCCCCGCGUCCUACUCGGCAUGCGCAAGUUCUCUGGGGGGUGGCUGCUGCCCGGCUACUAUGGCGUGCGGCAUGCGGAGCUGUUAUCAUACCGACCCUACAACCCAAGUUGUCAGCGCAAGGGUGACGACAACCAACUCAGACGGAGACCAGAUUACGGUGAUAACCUCGAUAACGUCGGUUUUUACGGAGGGCCCGAAUCCGUCAGACUCUUCGGCUGCCCCUGCGGGCGUGCCGAAAGUAGUUGCCACAACUAUCGCUAAGCUACCCGCGAUCGAGACCGGCGAACUGUCUGGUGGUGGCGAUGGCGGCCUCACGCCGGGCCAGCUGGGCGGCAUCAUCAGCGGUGUUGUCGUUUUGCUGAUCGUCGUUAUUGUCGCCGCCGUACUUAUCAUUCGCCGGCUCAAACAGACAGAGCUGGCCGCACAGGCCGCGGUCGAGUCUAGGCACGAAUCUUCUAGCGGUCAACAGCCCUCUCAGAAAUCGGCUUUCGGACAAACCACGAUCUCGGAAAUCGACGGCACAGACGUGGAUUCUAUCGCCCGCACUGGUCAUUAUCGCGCUCGAUCCGAAUCCAGCAACGGUACGCAAUCUCGGUCCGAGACGCCCAAUUUCUACGGUCCGAAUGGCCCCUCAACACCACCACCGGCGUGGCCUUUGUAUGCUUCCGAGCUGCCGCCUUCUCAUGGAUUCGAUGGCCGGCAGUCGAGCCAGGACUCUUACCCGUUCGCGCAACGGACUAGCGUCGACUCCGACAGGACACGCACACAUGGCCGUAAAUGGAGCAUUGGCAACGCGAGCGAGGUGAGCGGCAGCGCCGACGGGAAUCACGGUCGAUCGGAGUUAGACAGUAAUGCCGAUAGUGCCGAGGCGGCGAGGCGGCGGUCGGGGAGCAUCGGCGGCUGGUCUAAAGGCCACGCUAGGUGGACGAGCGACGCGUCCAGCGCCUCACGGACGCGCGGCGAGGGCCCGCCGCCGCCGCUAGGCACCGUGAACGAGGUCAGCGAAAUUCACGGGUACUACGGGCCAUCGAACAGAAUCGUUCAGGGAGACAGGGGCGAUGGUGAGCAGCAAUAGCGCACCCGUUGGGUAUCCCUAGGAAGACGCAAGCCAGUAGCGCGAGAGGUUCUGCGGCGCCAUGAAAAGUGUUAGAUGCUUGGGAAGCAUCGCGGGUUUAUAUAGACGGGAUCUAGCCAUUUCUCUGGGGACACCUUUCCUGUAGGCACCGGGGGCACCGCGGUCGCCAGGCUCGGCGAUCGGCGUCUUUUUGAAGAAGACGGGA